AGCUCCCGCACCCUCAUGGCCAAGUGAGAGCUAGCCCCCCCAGGCCCCUGCCUAACUGUCCGGCAGAGCUCUGGGAGGUAUCCAGCUCUCCUCCUAACCUCACCAGGAAAGCCCCCUUGUCUCAGACCUGCACUCUUACCACCUCCUCAUUCUCUAGCCUUCUGUGGAGGGGCCACCCUGUGACAGCUCGGCAGCUGAAGGUACCGGGAACUCAGCCUGAUGUGCUGUUGGCCGACCUUCAACACUGCAGCACCCUGCACCACCCCAACAUGUUGCUGCUGAUGGCACUGAGCCCCUCGGCGGACCUGUCAGGGCUGUGCCUCCUCUUCGAACCCGUGUGGCUGGGCUCCCUGCACGUGGUGCUGCACCCACGGGGACCGAGUCAGGGAGGGCCCCGCACUGUGCCAGGCCUGCCGCCCGGCCACCUGCUGCUGCAGGUGCUGGAGGCCCUGCUGUUCCUGCAGGCCCGCUGGCGUGCUCAUGGCGGCCUUAGCUCUCAUGCCAUGCAGCUGGUACGGCCAGGCCUGGCCAAGGUGGGCAGCCUAGAGCACGGGCGCCCACUGCACCGAUGCUGGCUGCCGCCCAGGCCACAGCAGGGCUACCCCUGGGGAGGCCCAGGCCCAGGGCUACCCCCGCCUCCUGAACUGUACCCAUGGCUGCCACUUGAGCUCAUCUGCGGUGACGUGCCUGCCGCCACCUCAGAUCUCUACAGCUUCUGCAUCCUGGCCCAGGAGGUCUUCACCGGAGAGCUGCCCUGGGCUGGGAGAAAGGGGCCUGAAGUGAAGGCUAAAUUGGAGGCAGGUGAGAGCCCGGCCCUGGAUCCCCUGGUACCAGCCCCCUACCAGGCCCUGGUUCAGGCUGGGCUGGGCCUAGGGCCCGCUGACCGCUGGGGCAGCCUGCAGAGUACUCGAUACCUGCUGCGGGAGGCCAUGGCCCAGGACUCCACUCCUGAGGUGAGCUCCCGGAAGCAUUGGCCCACACGGUACCUUUCAUCCCAGGGUUCCCCACCAGAGACACUGUACUGUGAGGUGGCUCCCAGAGCCAGGACUAUACCCAGGCCUGUGCCCCCUGUGAUGCCCCUAGGCCCCUCCCCAUGCCAGGCCCCGGAGACUCCUGAGACCCCAGGCCACAGCAGAGUCCAGAGGGGCACAGCCUGGGACUCAGGCAGCAGCUUGACUCUAGGAAGCCUGAGCCCCAGCCCCAGCCUCUACCCAGGCUUCAGCCCCACAGCCAGGGUCAGCCUGCACCGCUGCCUGGAGCCCAGCUCAACAGUGCCCAGUCCUGAGCUGAUCAAAGGAGAUCUCUUCUCCAGCCUGCAGAAGAUGGACCUGCUGGAGGAGGUCAUAGCAGAGCUGCAAGGUGGAUGCCAACUCGGAGACAAGCCCAGCCUCGACCCCACUCCUGACACAGAUUCUUAGGGUGCCCAUGACUGCCUCCCUGAAGAUAUCACUGCUCAGAGCCUCCCAGGAAUGGUUCCCCGUUCAGCACUUGCUGAAAUAAUAAAGUGAUAAAGCAGCC